UGGCAAACUUCUUGAACAACCGCUUGAGGCAAUCAUGCACGGAAGGCCUUCAACCCCAACGAGUCCCUCUUCCUCGUUCCCGCCAUUUGCCACUCACUGGCGCCCUUUUAGACUCGCAGUUGAUGUACACCUCCCGCUUGUGUUCAAGUUACUUUGCCAAGAAUCUGCUCUCCUUCAACCGUCUUGCAUCUCCCCUUACAGCCAAUUCGAUUCCAUUUUCUCUUCGCACUAAACGUAUCUCUUCCGAACCCCUAGUCUUGACCUCAAACCCUAACCUCAGAUCAAUGUCCACUCGUCGCUCAGCGUUCGAUGUCCUGAUGGCUAAUUCUAAAAAGAAAACCCAAACCCAGACUCUCCAAGCCAAAGAAUCUUCGCCUAAGAAACGGAAAGCGGUUGAAAAUGACACCCAGGAGCGGAAGUCCAUGGAAAAGUCCACCCCCAGUUCAGCCCCUGAGGAGAACGCCCUUUCCAAUUCAGGGGCGAUUGAAAAUGCCCCUUCUGUAAAUGGGGGGAUAAACGGUAAGGUUGUCUCAGGUGCAGGAGAGGAAGUGGCAGCUAAGAAACCGAAGAUUUUAAGUCCUGAUGAGAGCGUCCAGGAGCUGAAGAAGAAGAGUUUUGAUCCGAGAAAGGCAGCUUAUUGGGCAGCUGGUGCGAGAGUGCCCUUCAUGUUUGUAGCCAAGGCGUUCGAUGCAGUUGCAGAGGAGUCUGGUCGGAUAGCCAUCACUGGAAUUGUGACGAAUGCCUUAAGGACAGUAAUUCAUACGACACCAAAUGACUUGUUGCCUGUAGUUUACCUUUUCGCAAACAAGAUUGCACCUGCUCAUGAGGGGUUGGAGCUCGGAAUUGGAGAUGCAUCAAUUAUUAAGGCCCUUGCCGAGGCUUGUGGGGCUAAAGAAGCUCACAUCAAGAAGCAGUACAAGGAUUUGGGUGAUUUAGGCCUUGUUGCAAAAGCAAGUCGAUCGUCGCAGUCUCUGAUGCGUAAACCGGAAGCAUUAACUGUUGCCAAAGUUUUCAAUACAUUUCGACUUAUAGCUAAGGAAUCUGGCAAGGAUAGUCAAGAUAAGAAAAAAAAUCACAUCAAGUCGUUACUAGUUGCAGCUACCGAUUGUGAACCUCAGUAUUUAAUCCGACUACUGCAGACAAAGUUACGCAUUGGUUUGGCAGAACAAACUCUUUUGGUGGCCCUGAGCCAUGCUGCCGUAUACUCUGAGAAGCAUCCUUCACCUCCUACCAGGGUGAACUCUCCUAUAGAAGAGGCCGAGAAGAUUGUCAAACAAGUUUAUUCUGUGAUUCCAGUAUAUGAUAAAAUUGUCCCUGCUCUUCUUUUGGAUGGUGUCUGGAACCUUCAAAAGACAUGCUCUUUCUCUCCAGGUGUUCCAGUUGGACCUAUGCUAGCUAAGGCAACUAAAGGAGUAUCUGAAAUCGUCGAGAAGUUUCAAGAUAUGGAGUUCACUUGUGAAUACAAGUAUGAUGGUGAGCGUGCUCAGAUUCAUUACUUGGAAAAUGGGUUAGUGGAAAUAUACAGCCGAAAUGCAGAAUGUAAUACUGGAAAGUUUCCUGACGUUGUCGCUGCUAUUUCAAGAUUAAAGAAACCCUCCACGACCUCUUUCGUUCUUGACUGCGAAUUGGUUGCAUAUGAUCGUGAGAAACAGAAAAUUCUGCCCUUUCAGAUCCUAAGCACACGUGCCCGUAAAAAUGUUGCUGUGAGCGAUAUAAAGGUGAAUGUUUGCAUCUUUGCAUUUGACAUUUUGUAUCUUAAUGGACAACCGCUUAUCCAGGAGCAGCUUAAUGUUCGUAGAGAGCAUCUGUAUAAUUCAUUUGAGGAAGAGCCUGCCUAUUUUCAAUUUGCCACAAAUAUUGCAUCCAAUGAUCUUGAGGAAAUAACACAGUUUCUUGAAGCUUCUGUGAAUGGCAGUUGUGAGGGAUUGAUCAUCAAAACACUUACUAGAGAUGCUACAUAUGAGCCAUCUAAACGCUCAAAUAACUGGCUGAAGUUGAAAAAGGAUUACAUGGAGAGUAUUGGUGAUUCCCUCGAUUUGGUACCAAUUGGUGCUUUUCAUGGCAGGGGGAAACGUACUGGUGUUUAUGGUGCUUUUCUCCUUGCUUGUUAUGACAGUAACAACGAGGAAUUUCAAAGCAUUUGUAAAAUUGGCACGGGAUUUCUUGAAACAAAGCUUGAAGAAUGCUCCACCAGCCUUCGUUCUAAAAUUAUCCCAAAGCCAAAGUCAUAUUACAGGUAUACAGAAACAAUCAAUCCAGAUGUAUGGUUUGAACCCACUGAGGUUUGGGAAGUAAAAGCUGCAGACCUUACUAUCAGCCCUGUUUACCGUGCAGCCAAUGGUAUUGUGGAUCCUGAUAAGGGAAUCUCUCUGCGAUUUCCACGUUUUAUUCGUAUUCGAGAAGACAAGACCCCAGAGCAGGCCACAUCAGCAGAGAUGGUUGCAGAUAUGUAUACUGCUCAAAAACACAAUCAACAAACUAUUAAUCAGGAUGAAGAUGAAGACUGAAGAACCCAUUCAUCAUACUCUUGUAGUAAAGCUGAAGUCCACUGCAAAGUGCAGAAGCUAUAGAAGGUUUCCUGCGGCUGACGGGCUGGUUUGUCAAGGUAGUUUUAUCCAAUAGUAGAUAGGGGGCCAUAGGCGCCUAGAGGGCUGCACUCUGCAGGGCUUCUUGUUAUGUGCUUGUACCAGUGUCUGCCACAUUUUACCGCUCUUCAGGUUGCUAAAGCUGCUUUUUAACUUGAAGCAUUGCGUUCUUUUUUCUUUAGGCUCCAUAAAUUGAAGCACCCCACCUUGCAAAAAUGUUUUUCCUUUCCCUUCUCGAAAUAUUAAAGUUCAACACAAUAAAAAUUGUUACUCAUGUAUUGAAGUAUCUAAAUAAUUGUUCAUCUUCAUAUCAAAUGGGGUUCUACAACUUUAUAUAUUUCUGUACUGAACAUGUUGCAAUAUACGGA